AUGUGUUUUCUGGCCCUCUCCACGACAUACUUUGGCAUCAAGCAUCAUAAGAUGACAGUCACUAGUCUAGGGCUCCGCAGAUAUGGCGCUGCCUUACAAGCAGUGCACGAAGCUCUUGCAGAUGAUAACGUCUCGAGGAUUAUUGACGUCAUCGAGGCCGUCAUGAUCAUGGCGGUCAUCGAAUUAUUGGUGUCGGAACGCAAAAAUGAAUGGAUACAGCACGCCCGCGGAUUUGAGAGGCUGCUACAGAAACGAGGUCCGAAACGGAUGUCAUCGCUACCAUCUUUGUUGGUGCUUGGGAAGUGUCGCGCGCUCAUGAUUUUCGGCGCGCUCAUGCUUCGCAAACCGACAAUUGUAGCAAGUUCUGAGUGGAAGACAUUGCCUUGGGCCCAAUUCCCACACCGAAUAAAUUCGCUGAAACUGUUGACCAACAUUAUGGCAGACUAUCUCGAGACAUUCGUCAUACGCGACCAGAUUGGCCAAACCCAGAUGCAACGUGGCGAUCAUCACAUACAAGUACAACCACUGUUGACCAAAGCCCAAAGCAUCCUCCACAAUCUACAUCAAUGGAGAACACAUCCAAGCUGA